CUCAGAGUUACAUGUGAGCGUAUCUGUCGAUCACGUGGUCGGGACACUACUUAGCCUCGACAAUCCUGAUUCCUUUACCAUCACUCCGAUGAGGCCUACUAUCACUAUCACAGCUUAAACUGCGGUUUUUGUGUGCACUAGCUACGGGAGACCAGAUCUACCACGGCCGAGUGCAGAAUGCUGGCCCAGGAUUCUGUGCAUCAGAAUCCGACCGGUCCAUACGCGGCAUGACCCCCAUACUCUACCGCGGAAAGUUUGACUGGUUCUGCUCUUCUCACUGGGGAUCUCGAUCGACGCGGCCUUUGGGCUUACCUCUUGCCGCUGCAAUCAAUGACUCGGCUUGGCCUUGGCCAUUGCUUCAGCUACGGAAGUGCAGGCCACUGCCGGUGCGACCGCUGCCAGAUUCAAUCUCUUCGGUGAUCCUUGAGUACAAGGUAACGCUCAAGGAGGUGGAAGCUGCGGAUCGAAAAGAUCGGCUGAUUGUGCGACCCGUGUGCAAGCUGGACUCUGCUGGGUACUGAGCGUCCUGCCGUUUGUUUGUAGCGCCCCGUCGAGCCGAUGGAAUACGGUCUUGCUUCUGUCUACGAAUACUAUCUACCGAAAUCCGCCUGCCUAUUGAAGGGCAGGGUCCGAAUCAAGAAAGACCGGACUGGACAGGACGAUGGGACGCGGAUGCAAAGGCAGGUGUUUGAGCGAAGUGACCGCUCUAGGAUCUCCAUGUUGCGCCCUGGAUACUGUAGGAUAAUAGGCCCAUCAUCUCCUGGGACCAUUACUUCACGGACACAUAGUCACCACUACGGCUGUUCACUGUACCGAUGUCCAGUCUCCUUCAAGUCUGCUUCGGUGGCGCUUGGUCCAAUACGUCACUCGGCAGUAUGAACCGAUACAAUCCAAGACCUUCCGUGACGUCAAGCUUUGCGAUGGUCUUCUCUGCGUUGGAGGCGAUGUGCAGCACGAACACGACAGUCGUAGCUAGGACUGGAGGCCUAUAGCGUUUCUAAUCCGACUGGCGGAUGCCAGCGCACGAUCUCAGGCAGCAGUUGUAAUCCUAGAACAUACAAACGGCGGGCAGCUGGACUCGUUUUGACAAGCUACGUACAUACCAACUACUUACAUACAUACAAGGCCAUGCAAUGCCACGGUAGGUAGAUGGGAAUCACAUCGACACUGAGCGAAUGAGUCAGCUCCGUCGAGUCAGCUCCAAGUUUGCCCUUCUCCAAAUCCAAAAGCCCUCUUCAUGGCGCCUCUCGACCUCGAUGCAUGCAUCGAGCAACUGCUGCGCAAACAGCUCCUGCACGAGGUCGUCAUUCGGGAGAUCUGCACCAAGACGAAAGAGGUGCUGAUGCGCGAGUCCAACGUCGUGCACGUUAGCGCGCCAGUGACAGUCGUCGGGGACAUACACGGCCAGUUCUACGACCUCAUUGAGAUAUUCAGGAUAGGCGGAUACGCGCCGCACACGAACUAUCUGUUCCUUGGAGACUACGUCGACCGGGGACUAUUCAGCGUUGAGACGAUCUCGUUAUUGACGUGCCUGAAGCUGCGAUACCCAGAUCGAGUGCAGCUGAUUCGAGGAAACCACGAAUCCCGGGCCGUGACGCAGAACUACGGCUUCUACACGGAAUGCAUGCGGAAGUACGGCUCCAGCCACGCCUGGACGUACUUCACGGACAUGUUCGACUUCCUCACGCUCUCCGUCGUGAUCGACGAUCGCGUAUUCUGUGUCCACGGAGGUCUCUCCCCGUCAAUACACUCCAUCGACCAGAUCAAGGUGCUUGACCGCUUCAGGGAGAUCCCACCGGACGGCCCGAUAGCGGACCUCGUCUGGUCUGACCCCGACGCGGAGAAGGAGGACUUUGCCAUCUCACCAAGGGGCGCGGGAUACACGUUCGGCUCUGGGGUGGUGCACAAGUUCCUCGAGAUGAACCAGAUGUCGCACAUCCUGCGCGCGCACCAGCUGUGCAUGGAGGGCUACACCUCACUCUUCGACAGGCACCUCUCCACGGUGUGGUCCGCGCCCAAUUACUGCUACCGCUGCGGCAACUCCGCGAGCAUCCUGGAAGUGAGCCCCGGCGGAGGCAUGUUCUUCAACGUCUUCGAGGCCGCGCCCGAGAACGAGAGAGACGGCCCGAAUCAGCAAGCCGCGCAGAACGCCAAUGGCAAGCUCCCGGAGUACUUUUUAUGAGAUGUACUUGGCACGAUAUCAGGUCGAAUGUAGUAGUAAUACGUACAUCGUGUAUUUAUACUGAGUUAUGGAGCGCUUUAGGUUGUUCAAACAGCUCGAAUAGACGUGGAAAUAAGAAAAAAAAGUACAUGCACAUACACAUAACAUAAUUGUAAUUCGUCGUUUCGAAACAAUCCUCGGAGCACUGACUGCUGUAGAGUGUAGAUAGUAGUAGUAGUAACGGUAGCCCGGAAACAUUACGGUUCCAUGGCAUCCUCGAAUCCUGCAACGACCUUCUCUUUGGUCGUCUUGACCUUCGCAGCCAUCUCGCGAGUAAGCCUCGCCGUUUCUUUUACCCAGAUCGCGUUGAUUUCUUCAACCGCGACGUCUUCCGCGAUCAUCUCGGUUUCGUCAAUUCCCAAUCCCCGCAAAAGCUCUUCAUGUCGGACAAUCGCAGCCAGCUGCACAUCGCUCGCACCGCCCCCACUUCGGUUGGCACCCUGCGUGAAAGACGAAGACCGCCCGAAUGCGCGUUUGGCUUUGGCUCCCUGCGGAACAGCACCCGGCAAUCCGGCGGGCGAAGCGCAGACCACCAGACCAAGACCCUCGAGCAUGCCGAUCAGAUCGUUGAACUCGCUCCGCGACACAGCUGAGAACAUGCCAUCCCCCGACCGAGACAUGAUCGAGGUGUAGAAGGC